AUGACGGAUACAACCAGAAGUCAUGAUAAAGACAUGCCUCAUUGCUAUGAACAGGGUGCUGAACCUAAUGAAAUGUUAAUAGACAACGAACCUAGGAUAAAUAUGUGUUUUGAAUCACUGGAAGAUGCCAAGAAAUUCUACACAAAUUACGCCAUUACUUGUGGUUUUGCUGUAAGGACAAGAUCAUCAAAGAAGGAUAACGACAAUAAUGUCUACUAUUUGCGAUUAGUUUGUUCAAGAGAAGGAAAAUAUGUGUCUUCCAUUAAACCAGAGGUGAAAACACAUGCAAGUCAAACUAAUCAAUGUCCAGCUAGCAUUACCGUUGGAAGGAAAGAUAGUUAUUGGGUCAUAAAGAGCGUCGUGUUAGAUCACAGUCAUGAACUAUGCCCUAAUACAUCUAAGUUGAUUCCUGGGAAUAGAAAAAUUAGCAUGCAAGCUAAGCAUACGUUGCAAGUCAACGAUGAUGCCGGCGUUCGCAUUAACAAGAGUUUCCUUAGCAUUGUUAGUGAUGUUGGUGGAUUUGAAAAUAUGGAUUUCGUUGAGCGUGAUGCACGGAACUACAUUGUCAAACACAGAAUAUCUUUAUGUAAGGACGGUGAUGGUCAAGCCCUUCUAAAACACUUUUCAUCCAUGAAAGCAUCGAGCAAUGACUUCUUCUACGACAUUGCAUUGGAUGAAGGGAAUAGAAUAUGUAGUGUGUUUUGGGCAGACGCAAGAAGUAUAGCUGCUUGUGAAGAAUUUGAUGGUGUGUUCACUACUGAAGGUGAACCAGUUGUAGAAACGGAGGAAGCGACCGCGAGGGAGGCCGAUCCCAACUCUGUUACUGUUGAAGAGAUUCCAGACUCUCAGAAUGUCUGA